ACGAUAUUGUACUGCCCCAUGAACUCAAACCUUUCGCAAAACGAGCUUCGAUAAUGGCAGCAAUCGACUAUAUAGUAUGCAAGGAGAGUGAUGUGUUCAUGGCAUCUCAUGGAGGAAACAUGGGCUGCGCAAUUCAGGGUCACAGAGCUUAUGAAGGACAUAAGAAGCUUAUAACACCAAACAAAAGGCAAAUGCUCCCAUACUUUUUGAACAAAACAAUGACUGAGACAGAGUCUGAGAAGAUGAUGAAGAAAUUUCACAGUCAAUCUCUAGGACAGCGAGAAAUAAGGGUUAGCAGAGCUGGAAGAGAUGUUACAAAGUAUCCUGUUCCUGAGUGUAUGUGCAUUAAUAAUCAAACCACUCGAACUAUUUAAAACCUUUUUUUUUGUUGUUGCACAUACGAUUAUUAUCUUAAAUAAAAGGGUAAUAACAUGCUCUUCUUACUACA